AGGGAAGGGAAGGAAAGGAAAGGACAGGACAGGGUCGGUACGGUACCGUCACGACAGGUACCACGUAUGCGCCGCCCGCGUGCGCAGAUGCAGGGUGUAUCAGACUGUAUUUUUUGCGUCUUUUUGAGUAUUUGGGCGGGUCCACUGGGGCCGAGCUGGGCUUAGCGCGGCUUCCGAAUACGGCGGGCCUGGCUCGGCCAUAACCGGGUGUAAUUUCACCAUGCCUGAUCAGGACGUUUGCCCCGUCGCAGAAUUUUUUUUCUUCUCUCAUUUUUUUUUCUUUUGGUUUCUGACGCCGGUUCCAGCGGCAUGCUGGCUCGCUCGCUCGCCCUCUUGUCUGGCGGCUGUCGGUUUUGGCGGCAAGUGUGCCUGUGUGCUUUUGCCUGCCGUGCGCAACACAGGCCAGCCACUGACACCAUCCCACGGACCGCAACGCCCGCACACAGCGGCUGCCAAUGCAUCGCCCGGCCAGCACUACGAUUAAUCUGCUCUACGACGAUGUGCGAUGCGGCUUUACCAGCAUCGGGUAGCUCGGUGAGGCGGUUUCUCCUGUACGUCAUCCAUCAAGAACACAUCACCAAAAAUCGAAAAAUCGCGCGCCGGCGUCGGCGUCGACAUCAACGUCAUUACUUUCUGCUGUGCUUUUGCUUUUGCUGCUUCUGGCUUGGGCAUCGUAGCAACAGACCAGCACGUGGACGAAAUCCCGGGAGAGACGUGCCGAUUGUGCUCCAUCUCACUCAUCAUGAGAGGCCAGUCGCGGACCACGCUUCCCCAUUGUCCUCCCUUCUCCAUCCGGGGUGGGCAAAGCUCUUACAUGCGUUUCGACCUUGUCACUGGCUGGUCGCGGUGAUUAGGGCGGCCAGCAUGUUGAAGGCGCCGCUCCUGAUUCGAGUGCGGUCGGACAUUUGUAUGCGCGAUUUUUUGGCCGUACGGUAAUUACGCCGAACCCUGGAUCCUCGAUAUCUCCGCGAGCGCUCCAGUCGUAUCCGAUACGUAUUAUCGUGGGUAUCAUGAUUGCUCCUAUCAUUAUUGUGAUUAUUAUGACUAUUAUUAUUCUCUCGUCUAUCGGCGGUACGUGAAUAUUAUCACACGCUCUUAUCGUCGCAUGCGUAACU